CCUGUUGCUUUAACAAAGAAUAAUAUGAUGAAUUAUCUUUUUUUACAAAAGUUUGACCAAAGAAAAUUAAAUUUUAUUUCUCAAAAAUUAUGUUUUCCUCCAUUUCCAGUUACACAGUCGAAUGUGGUGAUAACAUCGUGUGUUUUCAAUUUAGAAUAUUUGCAUUCAUAAAAUGCCAAGAAAAUGUUCGACAACUCAUCCUGGCACAAGAAAAUAUGGCACUAAAUCUAAUUACACCAAUUCUAAUUCUUCAAGAGGUUUUAGCCAAAAUUAAAUUAGAAAAAAUAUCGAUUGGUGAAGCUUCUAAAAUUUUUAAAGUACCUAAAGCAACAUUAUUUUAUAAGCUAAAAAGUAAACACUGUAAAUCAGUAGGGCGCCCUAUUGCCCUUAGCAUUGAUGAGAAACUUUGUUUUGAAAAUUACUUACUUUAUUUAAGUGACAAAGGUAUACCAAUUGGAAUUAAUGAUUUUAAAAGUAUUGUCAAAAUCUAUCUGGAUGAUAGUGGAAAAAAUAUACAACACUUUAAAGAUAACGGACCAGGUUGGGAGUGGUGUAAACUUUAUCUUGACAGGCAUCCAUCAUUAAAAGAAAAAGUAUCUCAUUGUAUUUCAAGGAAACGUGCACAGAUUAAUUAUUGUCAAAUAAAAUUAUUUUUUCAAAAUCUAGAGAAGGAAUUAAAUGGAGUAACGCCAGAUAACAUUUACAAUAUGGAUGAAACAUGGUUUCAUGAUGACCCUGGAAAAAAAAACUUAUUUUUCGUCUAUCCUCUCGCCAUCCAGAACUUAUAAGAAACACAACAAAAACUUGUUACACUUUUAUUUUUUUGUGGAAAUGCCUCAGGAAAACUAAUUCCACCAUUUUUCAUUUUUAAAGGAAAACACAGUUGGUCUGACUGGCUUUUCAAUGCACCAGAAGGAUCAAGAAUGGCAACUUCUUG